GGCGGCCGCGGACGAGGCGGCGGCUGCGGCCAUGGUGGAGGAGGGAGGUGGCGGCGGCGCCAUGAGUUUCCUCAAGCGGUUCCCGCCUCCCGCCGAGGGCGUUCGCCACCGGCAGCCCGACACGGAGGCGGUGCUGGCGGGGCGCACCCUGGGCGCCGGCACCCUCUACAUCGCCGAGAGUCGCCUGUCUUGGCUGGAAAACUCCGGAGUUGGCUUCACCUUGGAUUAUCCCACCAUAAGUUUACAUGCCGUCUCCAGAGACCUGAGCGCCUACCCGUGUGAGCACUUGUACGUCAUGGUGAAUGCCAAAUUCGAAGAAGAGGGGACAAAAGAGGCUCCCAUGGCUGAAGGAGAGGAGGAGGAAGACAGUGAUGACGACGUUGAACCCAUUGCGGAAUUCAGAUUUGUACCUAGUGACAAAUCAGCCUUGGAAGCCAUGUUCUCAGCGAUGUGUGAAUGCCAAGCUCUGCACCCAGACCCAGACGAUGAAGAUUCAGACAACGAUUAUGAAGGGGAGGAGUACGAUGUCGAGGCCCGCGAGCUAGAACAAGGUGACAUCCCCAGCUUUUACACUUACGAAGAAGGAUUGUCGCAUUUAACUGCAGAAGGUCAGGCCACCCUGGAGAGGUUAGAAGGCAUGUUAGCCCAGUCCGUCAGCAGUCAGUACAACAUGGCUGGAGUGAGAACAGAAGACUCGAUAAGGGAGUUUGAAGAUGGGAUGGAGGUGGACAUAGCACCAAUAGUUGCGGGGCAGUUUGAAGACGCAGAAGUGGAUCACUGAGGAGGACGUACGCUGCUAUCCCUCUUGUGGCACUUCCAGAAUAAGCUGUAAAACUGAAGGCAUUGCAGUGACUAUCGGGAGUUAACCUUUCUUUUAAUGAUCUUAAGCUUAGACAUCUAGGUCUAUAAAUGCUUUUAUAGAUGUUUAAAACAGGGUUUGACAUUUCUGACCACUAUGGGGUUAUUUAAAAAAAAAAAAACCAACAAAAAAACCCACAAAAAAACCCAAAACCCACAACAAAAAACAAUAAAACCUCUUGCAUCUAACACCUGAAUGGGGCUAAUCAGGGGUCAUUUCAAAGAAGCCUUUGUAGGAAUUCUGGGACUUCAGAAAUGAAGCUGUAAUUAGGAGAGAAUUUUAGAUUGCCCUAGGGUUUUCCGUAUUUUUGUACCUGUUCAUUGCAUCGGUGGAGUAGAACGGAAAUAGAAAUGUUACAAAGUUUGACCAAAAGGAAAUAGGGUUGGCCAAGGAUUAAAAGCAAAGCUAAAUUUAAUGCCCCUUGAGUAACUGGCUUUAUCGUGUCAGCGCUGUCCCUUUCGUUUCUCCGAGAGCAGAGUUUGGGUGGUAGAGGAGAUGGAAUCCAGUCUGCGGAGUCCGGAAAAAGAGAACUGUUUUGUGUCUUUGUAUGAAAUGUUUAACAACGUUGUUAAAUAAACUAAGAUUUUUUUGUAUCUCACAACCAA